AUGCAUGAUUCUUAUUGUCUGCUGCAGAGAAGUACAAAGGCCGAGAGCAGACCAAAGGCUUCAUCCCGUAACACCUUUAACACCUCUCCGAGGCCGCGGCGCCGCGCCGGGCCGACGCGCACACCGAGGCCCGUCUGCAGCGGCGGGGAGAGGGGAGAGGGGAGAGGGGAGAGGAGCAGCCCCGGGGACACAGACAUAGCGGAGGGCAGACAGACGCCGGUGGCGGGAACCACCAUCGUGCACGCUCCGGAGCCGUGCACGCGCAGCGCCGUGCUCGAGCGGCGGCACCGGACCGCCUUCACGCGCGAGCAGCUGACCCGGCUCGAGCAGGAGUACGGCAAGGAGAGCUACGUGUCCCGGCCCCGGCGCUGCGAGCUGGCCACCGCGCUCAACCUACCGGAGACAACCAUCAAGGUGUGGUUUCAGAACAGAAGGAUGAAGGAUAAACGCCAGAGACACUCCCUGCCGUGGCCCCACCCCCUCGUCGACCCCCUGGGGGCUCUCCUGAUGAGCCGUUCCUCACCUUCCUCCGCCCUCCAGUACCCCUUCCUCCCACCCCACCUCCCCCAUCUCCCCCUCCACCAUCACUACCCGCUGGCUCUCUCCUCACCUGCGUCCUCAGCUCACGGUCGCUACAGCGCCCCCAUGAGGACCCUGGAUGCACUGCGUCUCUCUCAGUACCACCACAGAGCAGGGGGUCUGGCUCCGCCCCCUGCAGCCCCCUACCCUUCCAGCAGCCUCGUGCACCACCCUCCUUCGUGCCCCUGCCCGCUCUGCCUGCACUGGGGAUCAGAUCAGCUGCUCAAAGCCAGAGAGGGGGUGCUGGGACUGACCCAAGACCUCAGCCCUAAGACCAGAACCCAGCCUGCCGGUCUGGAGCGGAGGGAGGAGGUGGUGUAACAGCUGACAGGAACUACGUCACCUUAAAUCAAGCCUGAGUCUCUCUCUGUGUUACGCUGCUGAGAGCAAACAGCAGACGACUGUGACAUCAUUCAUCCUGCUGAUGGAGCAAAGAGACAACAGAAACACACCAAGGAGGGAAUCCACACGAGGAUCCUGACACCGUCUCAAAUCCAGAUUCAUCAGGGAUUUCUUUAAAAUGAUCUACAAGUGCAAAAACACUUUUUUUAGUCCAGUUUUCUCAUGUUACUCGACUCAUUGUGGAGAGGCGUGGUCUCCUCUUCUCUCUGGCGGGGGGAGCACAGAGACGCUGUGUGCUCUCUUAAUAACUCUUGUUUCAGUUGCAGUGAGAGUAACAGGGCUUCUUUCCCCCGGCUGGGUUUUAACUGUUUCCUUUUUAAUGUGCAGCUCCUCGAUGCAGUCUAAACUUCUUCUCCUAAAACAGAGAAGUCGCCCAAACGUUUCAUAUUUAUUAACUUUAAACUAAAAAUGUUUCCACUGUUUUUUUAAACAAAGUCUUUAUAAGAAGUUUUUACUCUUUUCACUCCUGAAAACUUGAAUUACUCACUGAAGUAAAUCUGAAGACGAUGAGACUGAUGUGAGGGAAAUAAUUGUUUAUUUAAAUGUGAUGUUUCUGUUCUUUUAAACACACAAACCAACCCGUGUAGAAUAUUAUAAUGUUCUGCUUUAAAGCCGUGUGCACGAGGAGCGAUAUCAUCCACUGCAGCAUGUUGAAGGUGUGCUCACAGCCUCGUAUGAAACACGCCUCCAUCUUUUAUUCUGUCGCUCUUACGUCCACACUAACGUCUGUCAGUCCGCUCGUUACCUGAGCAGCUAGAAGAGCUUCUUUCCUGCACUUUACUGUAAAACAAACGCCUAAUAAAUACUUAGAUUUCUCAUUUUAUACUACAUGCGUCAUGGUUAACUCUUUUACAUUUGUACCACAGACUGUAAAUAUUAAAGUCUGAAGCCUCUGUUCCUGCAGGGGGCGUUGGAGUCCCAUCGAUGGCGGUCUCCAUGCUGGAAAUGCUGUCUCAGUCUAACUUUCAGUCAACCUAACGACAGGCUGAGAGCUGGAGCUGAGGCGGGUUUUAAACCUC